AGGAAGAACCACAUCGCUGAGCUGGACCACGAAAUACACACACUGAAUGAAAACAUCAACACGCUCACCAAGGAGCUGGAACUUAAGGGCAAGGAGGUGCUGAAGAUCCGCAGCGAGGCCAACCAACAGAUCAGGUGGGUGGGAAGAGAGGGCAGGAGGGGAGGAGGGGAUAGCCGUGACCCCACCACAGGGCAUUAUGGGGUGACACAAAGGAGGGUUGACACAAUAACAGGCCAUCUACAGUAAAGCUGUUCCGGCACAUUGCCAAACUUAAUUACAAUGUCUUCAGAAAGUUUUCAUACCCCUGUUACAGCCUGAAUUCAAAAUGGAUUAAAUAUAUUUAUUUUCUCAGCCUUCUACACUUAAUGAAACAUAGAAAUGUUUGCAAAUGUAUUGAAAAUGAAAUACAGAAAUAUCUAAUUUACAUAAGUAUUCACACCCCUGAGUCAAUACAUGUUAGAAUCACCUUUGGCAGCGAUUACAGAUGUGAGUCUUUCUGGGUAAGUCUCUAAGAGCUUUGCAUACCUUGAUUGUACAAUAUCUGCACAUUAUUCUUUUUUAAAUUCUUCAAGUUCUGUCAAGUUGGUUGUUGGUCAUUGCUUGACAGCCAUUUUCAAGUUUUGCCAUAGAUUACCAAGCCGAUUUAAGUCAAAACUGUAACUACAGUAGGCCAUUCAGGAACAUUCAAUUUGUCUUGGUAAGCAACUCCAGUGUAUAUUUGUCUUUUAGGUUAUUGUCCUGGUGAAAGGUGAAUUUGUCUCCCUGUGUCUGUUGGAAAGCAGACUGAAUCAGGUUUUCCUCUUGGAUUUUGCCUGUGCUUUUUAUCCUAAAAAACUCCCUAGUCCUUGCCGAUGACAACCGUACCCAUAACAUGAUGCAGCCACCACCAUGCAUGAAAAUAUUCAAUGUCUGCUUUUUUUUCUACCCAUCUACCAAUAGGGGCCCUUCUUUGCGAGUCAUUGGACAACCUCCCUUGUCUUUGUGGUUGAAUCUGUGUUUGAAAUUCACAGCUCGACUGAGGGACCUUACAGAUAAUUGUAUGUGUGGGGUACAUAUUUUUUGUGGAACUUAUUUAGGCUUGCCAUAACAAAGGAUUUGAAUACUAAUUGACUCAAGACAUUUCAGCUUUUCAUUUUUAAUUAAUUUGUAAAAAGUUCUAAAAACAUAAUUCCACUUGAGAUUUUGGGGUAUUGUGUGUAGGCUUGUGACACAAAAUCUCAAUGUAAUCCAUUUCAAAAUGAGGCUGUAACAAGGGGUGUGGAUACUUUAUGAGGGCACUGUAGGUGAAUCUAUUGAAUCUCUGUAUGCUAUCCCUGCAGGUGAAUGCCUGUACCUAGUUUUAAUAUGGUCACAAUUAAGGUUUUUAGCAUGUUUAGUUCAUUCAGAUGACUGGUGAAUCACAACACGAGAAGUUCAGUUGUGUGACUUCCUCUUGUUUAGAUGUGACUGUCAGUAGCCAUUGGCAGUGCUUGCAUCGUUUUCAAGUUAGAUUAAAGUGGAAGGAUACUGGCAGAAAGUGAGGAGGCCAAUUUGCCUCUCCCUGCUGGAAGUCCUGGUUUAUAUUUUGUGCUCUAUUAUUCCCUUUGAUGACUUGGUCCCUUUUGACAUUUGUUAUUUUCCUCUAGUUUAAUGGUCAAAUAAAUUGAUAAGGAAAUAUGAAAGGGUUAUUUGGGGCAGGGCCUAAAUAUAAUCUAUCAUCAUGCUUUUCCCACAGGAUGAUAAUUAAUAAUUCACUCUUAUAUUAAUUCAUAAUGUGGGCUAAGGCCUGGAUGGAAUGAACGGCAGGAACUCUCAUUAGAAUGAAAGGCCUGUUUGGUGAUGAAUAAAAAAUGGAGGCUGACGCUUUUCUAGAGCUUGAGAUAACUAAGCACAUGGGGCUAGUGUUUGAGUGCGCAUGUGUGUGCAUUAGCGCACACGUGUUUGUGCGUGCAUCCACGCGUGUGUGCAUGCAUGUGUGACGUCAACGACACCCAGCGCUGGCAGGAUUCCAAGCCCAUCAUGGAGCACGUUUCACUUCCAAUUAUGUAACACGCUGGCAAAUCCUCGUUUCCUGAGAUAAAAAUAACAGAAUAAAUAAAUACAUUGGAAAUGAUGUGUGUCCCUGAGGGUGUUACUCAGGGAGAGGCAAACAUAUUCCUCUGCACUCCUCGUGGUCUCUCUCUGUCUCUCUCUCUCUCUCUGACUGCAGGACCUCGGAGUGAGCAGCACUGCCAUAUAGCUUACAUAGGGAGAGAGUCACCGCUACUAUGCAGGGAAUUUCAAUGAGCUGGUGAAAUGUCCUGUGUUUUUUCCACAAAUGGCGAAACAGCAGUGAUACCUCUCCUCCAGAGCCCCCUGCUAAAAAUGAUGUAUGUCUUUCUUGGAAAGGAAAGGACAAGUAUGUCAGGAAACGAAAGAAAGUCAAAGAUGAACACAAUUUGAAUGGCUCCAGCAGGAUCAAAAGGAAUGUGUCUGUGAUAAUUGUGCCGAGUUAAGAUACUGUAAUACCUCUGGACCGGGGCCUCAGAGCCUCAGAGCUGGAGAGGCGUUUAAAGACGUGUGAUCUAAAUGGGCUUUAAUGGUCUGGUCUCUUCUCAUCAGGGCUCAUGAACAGGACCUGUGUAAGAAACACGAGCGGGAGAUGGCUGAGAUGAACGCCAUGCACAACAGAGAGACUCAGAACAUGCUGUGUGACUUCAACAAGGCCCAGGAGCUCCUCAAAGACAAGAUCUCUGCUCUGCAAGUCCUGUACGUACAGUACAUUCAGUAUGUAGUUGAUAUAGCACUAUAUGUGUGUGCAGGUGGUGGUAUGUGGGAGAGAGAGAGAGAGAGAGAGAGAGAGAGAGAGAGAGAGAGAGAGAGAGAGAGAGAGAGAGAGAGACAGAGAGAGAGAGAGAGAGAGAUUAUAUAAAGCCCUGGCAGAUGAUGAAAGACCACAGUCCCUGGCAGAGCAACAGAGGGUGAAAAGGUGAGUGCCCCAGACAGAUACAGGGAUGAAUGGAAGGAGGAAGGAAGGAUGAGAGGGAAGGAUGGAUUCGAGAGGGGGUCUGCACAUGACCUCCGGAGGUGAAUAUGGCCCAUUGGGAAGGUCCUUUCCUCUUUCCUUACCCUCCCAGUAGUACAGAUACAUGGAGGUGACUGUGUCUUCAAUAUCCCAUCACACCCACAAUGUCCAUGUAGCGGUGUCCUACUGGGGAUAAACCUCCAGCUGGGUGUGCAGCUGCCCUAGCUUUCAAGACACCACAAUACACACACAGUACACACACAAUACACACACAGUACACACACACACACCAGAAAAUACGAACAUAGACAUAGAAAACUCCCCUGCAGACUACUCUGAAUAGAUCAAUGGAGAUGUACUGUAAUGAUUAUGGAAAUGAAAUAGGAAUAAAAGGCAGCUAAAGCACACAAUAAUGAUUUGUAGGUCUCUAUUGGAAAUAUCUUUGGGAUAUGGGAGAGGGAAAGGGAGAGAAGGAGAGGGAGGAACAGAUGUACAUGCCUCAGCGAGGGCCCUAGGACUGGAUUUUGCUGUCAGGAGUGACCUAAUUUGGUUUCACUUGAAUGAGAGCACGAUCUAGACAGAAAGCCAGCUACUGCAGAGAGAGCCUCUGUUAUAAAUAGCUCAUCUGUGAUGUUCCCCACCAAUUGUUCUCAUGGCUCAAUCACUCCUUUCACAACAUCAAAAUGAAAUGCUAGUGAAGCAUACAUCAUUAUUUGUGCACAUGUUCCUCCAUGAAUUUGACUGACAAACAGAAUCCAUUAAAAUCCUGUAAAAAUAGGUCACAUUGGCCCUACACAGAUUGUUUUGUUGCUAACCUUUCUAAAACCAACAAUUAGCUGCUGGUCCGAGCCACUGUCAUUCUCAAUUUGCUGACUAGUUGACAUUUCCAGGGCCUUCCCUUGAGGUGGCCAAUUUACUGCCUACUAAUUAAGCACAGGACAAAUCUAUUUUAACGACAGCCACUGUCCCCUCCCCAAUUAAUCACCAUGGCAGCUUCAUUCCCCCAAAGCCAGUCCCUGGCCACCACUAAAUUAUUACGCCAUUUAAGCUUUAUUAAUAUUUGAUCUCAUUACAUCUCCUAUUGGUUAAGCCCCUGGGAACCAACACACGUUUGUUGUCUGAUUGGUUGUUGUCACAUCUGUUUUGAGUGAUGUCGCUGGAGAGUUGAGUGGAGUGUGAUGAUGAUAUAUUUAUUGAAAGCAAGCCAGCACCAGCUUCCCAGGCUGCACUGCAGCAACAUGCUUAUUUCACACGGUUUGUGUUUGGAGUAUGUGUAGGGAUGCAGACAGUGGUGGAAAGAGUACCCAAUUGUCAUACUUGAGUAAAAGUAAAGAUACCUUAAUAGAAAAUUACUAAAGUAAAAGUGAAAGUCACCCAGGAAAAUACUACUUGAGUUAAAGUCUAAAAGUAAUUGGUUUUAAAUAUACUUAAGUAUCAAAAGUAAAUGUAAUUGCUAAAAUAUACUUAAGUAUUGAAAGUAAAAGUAUAAAUCAUUUCAAAUUCACUAUAUUAAGCAAACCAGACGGCACCGUUUUCUUGUUUUUUUAUUUAUGGAUAGCCAGGGGCACACUCCAACACUCAGACAUCUUUACAAACUAAGCAUUUGUGUUUAGUGAGUCUGUCAGACCAGAGGCAAUAGGGAUGACCAGGUAUGUUCUCUUGAUAAGUGUGUGAAUUGGACAAUUUUUCUGUCCUGCUAAGCAUUCAAAAUGUAACGAGUACUUUUGGGUCUCAGGGAAAAUGUAUGGAAUAAAAAAUACCUUAUUUUCUUUAGAAAUGUAGUGAAGUAAAAGUAAAAGUUGUCCAAAAUAUAAAUAGUAAAGUACAGAUACCCCAAAAAACUACUUAAGUAGUACUUUAAAGUAUAUUUACUUAAGUACUUUACACCACUGGAUGCAGAUGAGUCUAUAGUGAAAUGUGACACUGAAGUAAUGUGUAGUAGAUACUGUUUCUGUCAAUGAAGCAAGAAAUGAACAGAUCGCUGAUGCAUAGCAGCGUAGAAGAAGCGAUUAUCAUGAUAUCCAAUAUGCUCUCCCUCUAAAAUUCAAGCGUGUGCCUGUCCCUGUCUUGCGUCGGCGUUUGAUGGCGAGUUUGGUAUCACUUGUCAUUCCACAUCUGUAGUGCUGAGGACGUCAAGCCAAACUGGACAUGAUGGAUGCUUGUUUAGAGUACAAAUAAUAUCUUGGCAUAUUAAAGUCAUAAAUCUCAAGUUAGAGGCAGCACAAAACUGUGGAGAGGCAGAUGGCUUUGAACACUGAUAAGAACUCUUCUAAAGGGCGCUUGUUAUGUGUUGAGACGUUAGUGGAAUUCAGGAAAAACAUUUACUGCAUCUUUUUGAUCAUAGUAAUACACCAGCACUAAUAGCCUUUUUGAUUAUGAGAUUAAACGUAGGAGAGGUAAAAGCUAAUGCUUUACUAUUGAGCUGUAGGUAAGGGAAGGGAAGCUUUUAAAACAUGCUCCCUCAGUGUCUACAUGUAUUAAUGCUCAUAUCCCCAAGCUGAUCCAAGGCACUUUUAUUAUCACGUUACACAAACAAACAGAUCAAUAACUUAACUUUAUCUCAAGUAAACUUUGUUUCCACACUGGGCUGUGAGGAAACUGUGAGACAUCUGAGCCCUAAUGGCCCCCUCCUCUCCCCAGGCUGGAAGGCACGGAGGAUAAGUUCCGGAACAGGGAGAGCCGGCCUGAGGAUCUGCAGGUGAUCGCUGAGCUAAAGGACAUGGUGACUGAGAGGGAGUCCCUCGUCAAGAAGCUGGUGGUAAGUGUAUGUACACAGUACAAGAUGGCCUACAGGAUGCCCUUGUGUCGUUUUACCCAACAAUCCUAGACAUGGAGCCUGCAUGCCAGUCUACCUCUGAACAAUAGUAGCCCAGACUAUGGAGUGCUCUAACCUUGCAUGACUAAGAGUUCUCAUACAGCAGCAGUAGACUCAGAGAGGUAUGUUACAGCCCUUGAGUCCCAACAAUGCAUUCUGGCAGGUUAUUCAGUAUACUGUAUCUAUGACUAAGUGUCUGUGGCACUAGAGAGAGUGGAUAGAAACCCUCUGACUUUUGCAAGUUCUAUCAUACUGUACUGCUAAGCCCAUUGUAGACAUUAGAGUAUGUGAGGUAUGUCAUAAACAAUCAAUGAGAUGCUCCAUCACUAACCCAGAGAACCAUGACCUAACUGGCAUCUCUCUGUGGACAUGCAGGACGACAAAAAGUUCUACCAGCUGGAGUUGGUGAACAGAGAGACCAACUUCAACAAAGUGUUCAACACCAGUCCCAACGUGGGUGUAAUAAAUCCCCUCAUCAAGGUGAGCUGACAUCUGCAGACUAACACACCUCAGACACAAGGCUAACACACCUCUGGAUUAACACUGACAAUCAGUUGAUUAGAGCCAUAUAGCUAAUCUGAACUAAUCUUUGACACUUUGUGAAGACCAAAAGCUACCGGUGAUCAUUUGAAACCAUUAGGGAACCAUCACUAUCAUUACAAGCCUAAACCAGUAGCCUGUACAUCAUUGUAGAGAAUGAUUGAAGUGGAGAUUUUAAGUUGCCUCUCCACAUAUAUUUAGCCUUGAUUUCCAUUGGAACCAUUCCAUCCCUUAGUGGAGAAGUUGUGUCCCAUUCCAAUGUAAACACAGCAAUCCCCUGUCUCCCAGUUGAAUGGAUCACUCUGCAUGGUCAAUAUGUAACUGUUGACUCCAUUUCAAGUUCUAUAACUUCCGAUAUUUUGGUUCAGUGUUACAUAUUAUGUGUGUUUGUACAUUUAUGUGUGUGUGUGUGUGGGAUUGUGUGUGUGUUAGUCAGUGUGUGUGUGUGUGUUAUCUCCCUGUCAGACAUCCAGUUCUCCUUUGCUUUCCAAGCCAUUCUUUGUUAGUGUAAACUUUAUGUAGCCUCUUCCUUUGAUGCAUUCCCUUUUGCUCAUCUUAAUUUACAUAUUAUAGCUGAGAGCGACUGUUGCUUCACUAGCUGAGUGGUGCGAGCUUGACCUUCAGAAAGCCUCCAUCCACAUAAAUCCUCGAAGAGAAUGAGAAAUAUAUAAAUCUAUAUAUACAGCAGUCUUUUCUCCAUUGGACUAGCUCUCCCUUUCCAUUUGUUUUUGUUUUUGUCCUUCUGUGUAGCAAAAGAGAAAGAAUGACAAAUCAGCAAACAGAUUCAGCAGCUCUCCAAACCUCAGGGCUCUGGAGGCGGCGGGAACAGGGACGGGGAGCGGGCAACCCCAGCCCAACCGCCUAGAGCCUAUCCCCAACUCCCCCAUUCACCACCUUGAGCUCAACACUAGCAAACCUCUGCCCCCACCGACCCCUCCGACAGAGCCCAAGAAAUUCAUG